CCGCCGCCGCAGGUCACGGCCCCGCAGGGCGAGCGCGGCCCGCCGCACCCCAGCAGUGGCCCAGGCAUGGAUGGGAAGAAAUGCAGCGUGUGGAUGUUUCUACCUCUGGUGUUUACUUUGUUUACUUCCGCUGGGCUGUGGAUCGUGUACUUUAUAGCUGUGGAAGAUGACAAAAUUUUACCAUUAAAUUCAGCUGAAAGGAAGCCUGGGGUGAAGCAUCCUCCGUACAUAAGCAUUGCAGGUGAUGCCCCUCCUGCCAGCUGUGUGUUCAGUCAAGUCAUGAACAUGGCGGCCUUCCUAGCCCUUGUGGUGGCUGUUCUGCGCUUCAUACAACUGAAACCAAAGGUUUUAAACCCGUGGCUGAAUAUUAGUGGAUUGGUGGCACUGUGUCUGGCUUCCUUUGGAAUGACCUUACUUGGUAAUUUCCAGCUCACAAACGAUGAAGAAAUCCAUAAUGUGGGCACCUCCUUGACCUUUGGGUUUGGCACACUGACCUGCUGGAUCCAGGCUGCACUGACACUCAAAGUGAACAUCAAGAACGAAGGACGGAAAGCUGGGAUUCCACGAGUUAUCCUCUCGGCCUCUAUCACUCUCUGUGUAGUUCUCUACUUCAUCCUCAUGGCCCAGGACAUCCACAUGUAUGCCGCCAGGGUGCAGUGGGGCCUGGUCAUGUGCUUCCUGUCUUACUUCGGCACCUUUGCAGUGGAGUUCCGGCACUACCGCUACGAGAUUGUGUGUUCUGAGUACCAGGAGAAUUUCCUCAGCUUCUCGGAAAGUCUCUCGGAAGCUUCUGAAUAUCAAACCGACCAGGUGUAACUCAUCCAUUUUUCCUCACAAGUGUGGUGGGUGUGACAAUGGGAAAGGACCCAGGACACACUCGGAGGACUGGACACAUAACUUCAUCACACACACACACACACACACACACACACACACACACACAACUCAUGGCCACAUCUGCCAAAUGAGCUUUUCAGGGCGCGUUCUUUCUUUCAAAAGCACAAGCCCUAAUGUGUCCACGUCCACGCUGUUACACUGAAGAUAUAUGCACGACAGAGACAGAAGCUUGUGCAUGAACACGUCUCCGGCCUGCCCCUCCCAGUAUGCCUUGCUCUUCCCAUCCGCUCCACGUUUUCACACCUGGCCAUCUCCCUGCCACAGAGUAGGGCAGGCCAGGUGAGAGUCAUGCCAACUCCCGAAGUUGCCUUCAGGUCCAAAGGCCUUGGAACUAACUGGUGAGGAAGUUGUGAGAAUCCAGCACCGAUAUUCUUGAAUGCAGAAUCAAGUGUCAUCUGAUUGGGGGAUGCCAAAGGAGACCUGACCCAGUACGGCCAAUGAAAAGGGAUGGGCGGAGCUUCCCACGAGGCUGCCUUUAUCUCCAUUCAAUGGCAGCUAUGUGCUGCAAGGCAAGAACUAAGCCGGCCCCCGUGAUGCGGACUUGAGGGUGCCUGAGAGAGAGCUCUGCAAGUGAAUAUUCACAGGGACUGCUCAGCCAGGCACGGCACAGAGAAAGGGGGAGUGAGAGAGUGGCUUUGUUUCAGCUCCCACAGUAUGUCAUGUACAGUUUUUUAUGUUUCAAAGUUUACCUUUUUUUUUUUUUGCUAAGUAUCACGUCUCUCUAGACCUCAUGGACAAAGAUGUUGUAGACCAAAGGCAGGAAAUGGCUUUGUUUGGGGCUCAAAUUUGACAAAGAACAAGGGGUGAGGAGGGAUGUUUGAAGCUUACAACAAAAAAGAAUCACCGAGCUAUAUCAAGAAGUCUGCGCUUGUAGAGAUAAUAAAAAGAGUUCCAGCUGGACACUUAGAAAAGACAAGAGUGAGCGAGCAUCUUGCCGCAUGUCUGAGUCAGGGGACACUUUUCAAAUAUGCAUGUGUCGCUCAAAUUUGGAAUCUGUAGAAACCAAUGAGAGAGUCCCCUCCUCCAAGCCACAUGUUCGGGGCUCCCACAUGUUUGGCGUUCAGAAGUGAAGCUACAGGUGUGCAGGUUCGCGUCUGUGUGUCACAAAGCGAAGAAUUCCCAGGACACCUGCAGCCGGGCAGGCCCAGUGAAUAAGAUUCUCCCCUCUUCUCCGCCCCCCAUUGUCCUAGCUCAAGAAAUCCUCCAAUUUUAUUCCUAAGAGCCUGAGAUAUAGUGGACUAUCAUCUGAAAAAAAAUUAAUUCAACCUAAAGUUUGACCUUCUCAAGGAUAUCAAUACCUUUUCAAGGUCAUAUUUAUCUCCACCUUCUAGCCAUGCCUGAUACCUAUGAGGUGCUCGAUAAAAAGUGUUGGGUAGAAUUCCUGAUCAUUUGUGAGGAAAAGGAGUGCCAGAGAGAGACUCAAAGGUAUACAUCAGAGAACCGAGAUGGCUAGUCCUGUGAAACAAGAAGAAGAAAUCAUGAGUGGAGGAAGGAAGGAGACUCCCUAAAUGGUACAAAAUGGGAGGGACAAAAUCCAGCAGAAUAUUCUCCUGCUUAAAAACACACCCCUCUGUAAUUAGACCAAGGUGGCGGUUAUUAGUUUUCAAUACCUGCUUUUUUGUUUAUUUUCCAUUUUUAAAUUUUAAAGAUUUUAUCAGACAACAAAGAUUUAUGAAGUUUUAUUUUCCUCUAUACAAUCCCAAUUAAACAGCUUUUGGUGAUGCACUUGUAACACUUUCUUAUGAAUGUCUCUAAUAGCACAUUUUAGCGGAAUCAAGCAAUGGCUAGCAUUAUUCAUUGGGAUCUGGCCACUAAAUAAAAUUCUUUUAUGCAAAUUGUGACUUCCUUGUUUC